UUUUCCCGACUUUCAGGAGCAUCUGUGCGUCCGGCUUCGAGUCAUGACAAACUGCUGCGAGCGUGUCCCCGGCGGAACGAGCGCGACCCACAUGCUAUCAUGUUGCGUCCUGACAUGUGGAUGGAACACGGUGAUCCAGACUGUGUCCCUGGAUGUCUGAAGACCAGAGUUGAUGGGAGGUAAUCCCCACCAUGUGAGUGGGCGGUGCGGGUACCGGAGGCGUGUUUUUUCCCCUUUUUUUUCCAUUAUUCAAAUGCUUGCUGUACCUAUAAAAAGAGCGCCUGUGUGCGUCAGAUAGUUUCUCCAAUGGGGAAAGGUGACUAAAUACUAGUUGGUCUCUUUCGCCGGCUCAGUCGCAUCCCAUCGUCUUGGUGGGAGGGGGGGGAGUGAAAGAGAGUGAUGCACGACUCCGGCGGUGUCCAAAUGGCGAGGGCGCUGAAGCAUGCGGCGCUGUGCCUGAUGCUGCUGCCCCGGUUCCUCCUGGCCGCUGUCAUGCUGUGGCUCCUGGAUUUCUUGUGCAUCAGGAAAAAAGUGCUGCUGAAGAUGGGGCAGCAGGACGGCCCCGACGACCCGCCGGUGUGCGUCUCCGACUCCAACAAGAUGUUCACCUUGGAGUCCCUCAGGGCCGUGUGGUACGGCCAGAGGCUGGACUUUUUCAAAUCCGCGCACCUCGGACGCGCGGCGCCCAACACCGAGGUGGUGCUGGCGCAGGGGGGGCGGCCGGUCCGGAUCCUGGACUGCAUGAAAGGGAAGAGACCGCUCAUCCUGAACUUUGGCAGCUGCUCCUGACCGCCGUUCAUGACGCGCCUGGCCGCGUUUCAGCGCGUUGUGAGCCAGUACGCGGACAUUGCGGACUUUUCAGUGGUGUACAUCGAGGAGGCGCAUCCGUCGGACGGCUGGGUGAGCACGGACGCGCCGUUCCAGAUCCCCAAGCACCGCUGCCUGGAGGACCGGCUCCGAGCCGCGCAGCUGCUGCUCAGCGAGGUGCCCGGCAGCAGCGUGGUGGUGGACAACAUGGACAACUCGUCCAACGCUGCGUACGGAGCCUACUUUGAGAGACUUUACAUCGUGCGGGACGAGCGGGUGGUGUACCAGGGGGGCCGGGGUCCGGAGGGAUACCAAAUAUCGGGGCUCAGGGACUGGCUGCAGCAGUACAGGAGCGACCUGGUGAAUUCCAGGAUGCCUGUGCUCCAUGUGUAGCUGAGGAUGCUGAAGCGCCCGCUGCUCUGCCCGUUCGGCCCCAGUGUCCAGCCCACCAGUGCAAACUAUCAGAUGCUGCUAUCAAGUGUUCACACAGGACACGUUGUGUCGGUGUAUUUCUCACGCGUAAAGACAUAAAGACAGAAACCGGACUCAUCGCCUGAAGUCAGGUUGAAGCCUCUCCCCAGGCUGUAGGCUGAUCUAUUGAUACAUUGAUAAAUUGACUCAUUGUGCUUGUCUCGAACCUAAUUGAUUAAUUGCUCAUAGCGAGUUUAUUUUCUGUUUUGUUUUGUAUGCAAAAGUCUUGGAUCAGUUGAAACUGGAUUCAAUAAGUAAUCACUCUAUUUUUCUACAGUGUGUGUGUGUGUGUGUGUGUGUGUGUGUGUGUGUGUGUGUGUGUGUGUGUGUGUGCUUGUGUUUGUUCGUGCGUGUGUGUGUGUGUGUGUGUGUGUGUGUGUGUGUGUGUGUGUGUGUGUGCGCUCUCUUGUUAAUAUCUUGGUCCUCUCACGGUGUUUCUAUGAAGGUCGGUUUUUAAAAGGCGCAGCCAGAGAACCGAUACUGAUCUUUUCCCUGACACCGGGAGCGGGUCCAUAUUAACGGGGAAGUUCCUCCUCCAUGAGCCAACCCAUGUGUGUAACACGUUGACCACAAUGUGUAACUGAAAUUUUUGUUUCGAAUAAAUGUCCAGUUCACUCAUC